CAGUCUCGCCUCGGCACUCGAGGAGAUUGUAUUGCGUGUUUCUGCACACACCGCUCUACUGUCAUCAGCACGGAAGCUGACGCCAUUCACACGAUCCACGCGAAUCGAUCCGAGAGAAGUGUUCCAGUGGACGACCCGCGGAGGCACCCGGGAAGAUCACACCUGCGUCCACCCUUAACUCGGACAAUCCAUCGGACGGGAAAACAGUGCACCUCGUGCGGAGCAACCGAGGGAAAUCAUCGCCCCUCGUCCCACCUGGGUCGGGAAAAUUGCCGCGAAAUCGCCAAGAGUCAAACACGUGCGAUCACUCCGUUUCGCAGGGAUGCGAACGCAUCCGGAAUAAACGGCCGCGAGCCUCGAGGGGGUUCCACCCGGAAGUCCCAUGUGACCCGCUGCACCGUGGUGCGUGGCGCCUUACUAUUGACUUUACUAUGAACUCUGUUGCGACUGAUACUAUGAGAGGAUGAGCUGCUCGGUGAAAAUCUCUUGCGGCAAGAGCUGGAGCGGCUCGCAGCGCAGGAUCAACUCCCUGGCGGAGGAGACGACGAAUGCCAGUUGCUGCGCCGGCCUGCAGGCCACCCAGCCGACGACGAGCGCGGCAUCGACGACCACCACUACGACCAACACCACGACCACCACGACCACCAUCACCGUAGCCUUCAACAGCCCCGUAACCGCCGCCAACGCUACCAGUAUCAACGGCUUUCUCGCGGCUGCCGGUAAUCAGAGGGUCGUGCCACCACGCCCCGUCAAGUCGAUCGCCGCGAAGAAAGGGGAGGACACGACCAAGUUGCUGAAGUACAUCGACGAUAACGUCAUCGGCAAGAACGGCACGUUCUUCGGGCCAUUCGGCCGCAGGAAAGUGGUUUAUUGCGACUAUACCGCCUCGGGAAGGUCACUACAGUUCCUCGAGGACUACAUCGCGAAGGAGGUACUGCCAUGUUUGGGCGACACUCGAGCCUCCACGUCCAUCUGCAGUCUGCAAUCCUCUCUUUUUAGGCACGAAGCCAGAGACAUCGUCAGACACGCGGUCGGAGCCGGCGAGCAGGAUGCGGUGUUGUUCGCAGGUCAAGGCACCGCCGCUGCCCUUCGCACACUUUUACGACAUCUCGAUCUCUCGAAAUCCACCGUGGUCUUUGUGGGCCCGUUCGAGCAUCACGCCAACCUGAGGCCUUGGCGCGAGCUCGAUGUCAAGAUAGUGCGAGUUUCCGAGACCCGGGAGGGCUUCUUAGAUCUGAACGAUCUCGAACGGGGCCUCGCCAGAAUGCGGAGCGAGGGCGUUGCGCAAAUGAUCGGAUGCUUCAGCGCCGCCAGUUGCAUAACGGGGGUUUUGGCAGAUGACGUCGCGACGACCCUCCUGUUGCACCAAUACGGCGCGCUCAGCGUGUGGGAUUACACCACCGCAGCGCCGUACGCGCAGAUCGACAUGAAUCCUCACCUGCCCGGCGUCGGCGAGACCGCGGUGCACAAGGACGCGAUCAUCUUCGCCGGCCACAAGUUCAUCGGCGGCGUCCAGUCGCCGGGUAUACUCGUGACGAAGCGGUGGCUCCUGCGGGACGACGUCGAGGCCGAGGACAUGCGGGACUCCCACCGUUACCAUCGGGAUCCCGAGCUGCGGGAGGAGAGCGGCACCGGCGGCGUCGUCGAGAGCAUCCGAUGCGGGCUGGCGGUGCAGCUGAAGGAGAACGUCACGCCGAGAGCGAUCGUCGCGCGGCAGGAUAAGAUAUCCAGGCAAGUCUUGGCCCACGUGCGCACAAUCCCGGAGCUGAUCUUGCUCGGCAGCUCGUCGCAGAACGUGAAGCGGCUGCCCAUCUUCUCGUUCAUGGUGCGCCAUCCCCGCGGCACCUUCCUGCAUCACAACUUCGUCUGCGCCGUCUUGAACGACGUCUUCGGCAUUCAGGCGCGAGGAGGAUGCGCGUGCACCGGUCGCUACGCUCAUGAUCUUAUGGGGAUCGACCGGGAGCUCGCCAAGGAGUACGAAAACAUCCUCUUGGAAGGACAACGCACCGGCGCGGAGGAGACCACCGCGGAGGGCCUGAGGCCGGGCUUCGCCCGGCUGUCCUUCCCUUACUUCAUGAGCGAGGCGGAGGUGGCUUUCGUCCUGGAGGCGCUCAAGAUGGUGGCCACCGAGGGCUGGAAGCUGUUGCCGCAGUACGUGCUGAAUCCGGACACCGGCGAAUGGCGGCAUCACACCAACAGCGUCUUCAAGGAGCGCAAGUGGCUGGGCUCGAUCAGGUACACGGACGGCAGGAUGAACGCCUCGGAGAGACGCGCCUCCGGCUCCGGGGUCUUCCCGCAGAAUUACGGCGACUGCCUGCAGACGGCGCGCAACAUCUUCAACCGGGCGCGGAAAAUGGCGCAGCGGUAUCCGCUGCAGAUCGACAAGAGCUUCAACUUCGUCUGCGCGCGUAUGGAGGCGUUGCGCUGGUUCAUGCUGCCGAGCGAGGCGCAGGAUCUCCUGCUGGGCAACUCGCAGAACGUCAAGCAGGACGUGCCGUUCAAUCCGUUGCUAGCUUGGAACAGAUACAGCAGCCACGCGACGACGGUCGCCACCUGCCACGACAGUCUGGUGAAUUGUCUGGCGCUGGCCAACGGCAUUCGACGGCUGAACAGCGACAUCCCGCGCACCGGCAACCUGCCGGUCUCGUCGGCCUCGCCCAGGCACCGGAGCCUCCCGGCGCUGAGCACCGCCAGACGCACCACCCUGAUAUCGCGAUCGGAACCGAGCCAGCCGACGUCGUCGUCGAGCAACAGCGAGGAGGAGAGCCCGAAUCAGAGCGAGCACGGCAACCUGUCGGGCGGCCAUCGAUCGCCCGCCACGUGCCCGAACUCGCCGAUGCCGGUGAGAUUCGCGGUGGGCGAGGCUGUGACCACCUCGAUGUUGGGCUCGAUAUCCCGCACGACCGCACGGCCGACGAAGGAGCAGCGGGAGCUGGUGGACGCGGCGAACGCCGGACGCGCGAGAUGCAAUUCACUCGGCAGCACUACGGACGGAUGCAACGCGCCGGGAAAUCGCGCCGGUAACGCGUCCGCUUCCUCGCCGAUCCCACUGAGCCCGCAAACUCUGACCAGUCUGGGUCUGAGCACGAUGAACAGCUCGUCGAAGCGGCGUCUGCACUGCAGCUGCAGCAGCCAGACCGAGCUGAACUCCUUGGAAUUGGACUCGGCCGCCAGCCCGAGUCACUCGAUUUCUUCUCUGAACUGUCACAAUCCGGCAUCACCGCCGUCUUCGUACUCCUCGACCAGUGAUUACACCGAGCGGCUGGUGGGCGGCGGGAGAUCCUCGCCCAUUGCGACGAACGCCGGCCAGAGAUCCGAGGACGAUCUCAGCGCGUACGUGAAGGAGGUGACGAAGGAGCUGGCGACGGAGAUCAAGUCGGAGAUACGCGAGGUCAUCUCCAAAGUCGACGACGCCCUGUCGGAGACGAACACGUCCGAGAGCACGCCGCAGCAUCACUCGCGAGCGCACAGCGCGAUCAAUCAGACGUACACGGAGGAUAAACAGAUGAGGCACGAUUCCUUCACCGCCAGCGACAUCGCAGAGUACCUGAUGGAAUUCUCCAAGGAAAUGGCGAGCGAAGUGAAAUCCGAGAUAAGGUGCAUGGUGAACGCGGUUGACGGGCUUCACAGGUACUCACCGGACGCCUCCACGUCGGACGUCUCCUCGAACGGCUGCGGCUCACCCGACCGGAGUAGGAUCGUGCUUCCUUCGACGUCCCCGCGUUUCUCGAGCGCGAGGAAGAGCGGUCCGAUAGAGAUCACCAGCAAGGUCGGCGAGUUGUCGCAGCAGGAGAGCAAGAUGUCGAGCGAGUGCUCGUCGGACGAGACGGUGAUCUACGUGAUGAAGCCGUCCGAGAGCGAGCAAGUGGUUCGGGGUCGCUCCAAGACCGAGGACGAGGAAGUGGAGAACGACGUGGACGACUACGUGGACGACGACUCGCAGGAAGGUCGCGGUGGCCUCGACAUCGGCGACGCUCGCAAGGUCUUGCCGAAGAUCUACUCGGCCGUGAACUCGGUCAGCUCGCAAGACAGCGGCAUCAACCUGUCCUUCCACGAGAGCGACAAGUCGAUCGACUCGUUGGACUUGAAGCGUAGCAGUAGCGCGGAGUCCAACUCAGCUAACAGCCACGGCAGGAAGCCGCGGACGCCGUCGAUGGCGAGUCUGUCGAAUAAGAACGGCGGUAAGCAGCAGGCGCGUCAGAACGACAAUCUGUCGGAGGACGAGGAGUGCACGAGUGAUCUGCGGGAGGAGGAGGGCGACGGUAAGGAGGACAAGUCCGAGGACGGUGAUUCUAGGCUCGAGUUUCCGCGGUCUCAGUGGCAUUGCCCGCCGAAGAACAUCUGGAAGCCGUCGGUGGAGGCUAUGCAGGAAUUCGACAUGAUUCGCGACAACGAUAGGGUGAUGGUAUGCCUGUCGGCGAGCGGCAAAGACUCGCUCUCUCUGCUGCACACGCUGCAUCAGUACAGAUUCUACGCCAGGUCGAAGGGGAUCGACUUUGAGAUCGGCGCGGCGACGGUCGAGGCGGGCGGUGCCGAUCCGUUGGAGCUGAUGAGCUACCUGAAAACCUUGGACGUGCCGUACUUUUACGAGGAGCAAGUGACGAGCAGCGCCAGCGUCGGGAACAAUCUGUUGGACGCCAGCGGAGCGUGCAGCUUCUGCGACAGGUCGGUCAGGACGCAGCUGUACUCCUUGGCGAAACGGAACGGCUACAACGUGUUGGCGCUCGGUCAACACUUGGACGACCUUACGGAGAGUUUCCUCGUCUCGGUAUUCCACGGCGGCGUGCUGAAGACCAUGAAGGCGCACUACUACAUACGCCGGGAGGAUCUCAGGGUCGUCAGACCGUUCAUCUACGUGCGGGAAAAGGCGCUGAAGCAGUUCGCCGAGAGCAAGAAACUCAGAGUCUCGCAGGAAUCGCGGUCGCCGCUUCCGUCCGAGAAACAAAACAAGAGGAAGGAGCUGAUGCAGCAACAGGAACGCGCGUAUCCUCGACUGCACUGGUCCGUGCGCACCGCCCUGCGUCCUCUGAUCACCGCUCACGGUCAGAUCACCGCCUUCGACUUCGGCAACAUCGCCAACAGUCCGAGCAGCACCAGCAGCAGUUUGAGCAGCACCUGCAGCAGCACCAGCAGCGGCAGCGUAAGCGGCGGUAACGGUAGCAGCGGCGGCAGCACCGCCGCCGUCGCCGCCAGCGGCAACCAGCAGAAGCGACAUCGGAGGACCAAGACGAACGCUCUCGCGACCACGUCGUCGUCGACCCAGCAAACCGACGAGAACGACGAGACGGACGAGGAGCCUGUGCUCUGAGGAGGGCCGACCGCGAGAUGGGACCACGAUCGCCCCGCGGUCUCAUCCUCGCGUCUCCGUCGCAGAUGCCCGACGUCGACGUUCGCCCUCGUCAGAAGGAGACGGCUGCGCUUCGCGGCUGCGGUCGCCGCCGCCAAGGUCAACGAUCAACGCUCGCGCGCCGAGCACGGCAAUUGAGCGGCGCGCGUUCGAAACGCGCGACCUUCGACGAUGGGACUUCUCUCUCUUUCUCACUUCUCUUCUUUUUCCUACAUAGAGGGACUCUGACUUCGAUGACUGAGGCACUUGUCACUGAGAAUAUCUGCAUACCGUCGCAUAGCACGUCACAUGGAGUCGCUUGCGUUUCUGAAAGGUUACUCGUGUGUGCACUUCUUCGGGAAUAGGAUUUUUCGGAAAAGACGAAGCCGUUUUCCGACACGGAAUCUGAAUACUGCUGUGCGGAAUGGGAGCCGUCGCGAGUUUCUCGUGGGAGACGAUCUCGGCCGAAGGGGGGUCGUUUCUUCCCUCGUAAGAACGGUCGGAAGCAAACGCGGCGGACAAUCGGGUGGAGGAGAGCCGAGGAGGAAGAGGAGCGGAAGGACUAUCGAGGCGAGUUAACGACCGGGAUUUCGAACGGGGAAGUCGCUCUCUGUAGUUCGUCGCCGACGUUGCGCCGAGGAAUCACUGCGGAUGCAAAAGACAAAGACGCGGCCGGCAGGACGCUUACUUACUUAAUAAGCGACGAUAAUCUAAGGACAAUGUAAGCAUAAGGUUUGUCGUGUUUACGAGACGAGGUAAGAACGCUUGUUCGCGGAUUGCCGGGCGUAUCGGCAGCCGUGAGACUGCGGCUGCUGCGGCCAGCGAUACGACACAAUGGUCGUCCCGAUUGAUCGACGAGCCGCACAACGGUGCGCGUCGCAUUGUCAUCGCGCGUCAUACAUGCACGUCCGCGAGAGCGACAGCGAGCGCGUAUACGAUUAAGGCUCGCGAUAACGCUUCAGAGACGCGAUAAGCGAUAGCUGCUUAAUACCGAAACCAGAUUAUGUGUUACAUAUACUCCACAAAAGAGAAGAAGAGUCAUGCGGNGGGGGGGGGAGAUGAGGAGAGUCGCGCGACCGGGGGGUCGAGACCUCGACCGCUCCCCCGACGACGAGAGGUCCAGCCGCGGCGAUACGUCAAGUAUACUCUUUUUUACGCAUAUACAUAUUUUUUAUUUGAUAACUCUAACGAUUAAGGUCGCGAAUCGCGAUCGUCGGAGAACGCGAGUUUUUCUAAGCGAUAUCUAAGCCGCGGCUCGACGAACGAAUCCUUUUUCUAACGGCGUGCCCUAACAACAACGCUGCCUCCCCGACGGCUCGACGACGGGCUCAUUUUGUUGCGGUCAGGAAAAUGCGUCCUUCGGACUUGAGCCGGUCGGGGACUCACCAGCCUCGAUGAGUUGGAGCGAUGACGCGACAUCGUCACGACAUUCUGCGCGCGAUAGCCCGUCUGUCUGAUCGUAGAACCCGAUCGGUCGAGCCCCGUUUCGACGACGCGAAAGGACCAUCGAGAGAGGCGGAGAUUUCGACGACCGUCGCAACCCGCCCGCAUGAACUUCUACCUCGCAGAGAAGCACUCGCGCACGCACACAACGCGUAAAGAACCGAGGCAUGCCGGAUACAUACGCUUCUUGCGAACAAAGCGCGCGUCGGAGACCGGCCGGAUAUUUCCAAGUAACGCGAGAGGGCCGUCUUCUCGAGAAUCCGUCGGGACGUCUCGAGGAUGAAGAAAAAGAAGAAACGGGAAAAUUGACUAAACGACGCCCGAAGAAUAGCGUUUUCCGCUUUAUCGGUGCGAUAAAUACGAGAGAGGCUUGCACGACACAUAAAACCCGGUAUAUAUAAAACUCCGCUAGAGGAGAGACGAGCUCUUCGUAUCCGUCGGACAAACGUUCGAACGGUGGUCUCCGACGUGCGUUUCAAGCUACAAAACGAAGGUUCUUUCCUCUCGACUGGCAUCGCCGAUAACGUGACGACGAGCGCGAGAGAAAACGCGCUCCCCUUUCCAUCGUGACGUCGUUUAUUCGCCACGCGUCGCGGCUUGAUUCGCGCCGCGGUCGAUAAAUUAGUCUGGAUGCAAGAAAAUUACAAGGACGUCGACGACGACGGAUGAUGGACGAGUCGGUAGAUAGGAGAGCCAGGUCGCAUCGGCGGUUUACUUAAGCUCGUAAUAACGUGAUAGAUCGUCGGGAAGUGGGUCGAUUGAGCGCGCAUCGAUCGACUCUCAGGGGUAGCACGCUAAAUCCUCGCUGCAGAAGAUUGAACUAAAUUUUGCAUCCACUUCGAGGAUGUAGCGAGUUUACCCACGUGACGUAUCGACGACCCGAGCUCCGAUUGCAUCCAUGUUAUCGAGUUAAUACUUCUCUCGAGUGAAGGACUCGCGAUCCUCUUCCAAAUCGUAGCUCCGUCUCCGUCGGGUAUGACGAGAGCGGAAACAAAUUAGAUCGGAUACGGAUCAUCGCUAAUUGGUAAUGACGCAACGUCGGGGCUUCGCUCAUAUAAUGAAACGCGUAAUGCUAUAUAGGGAGAGGGGGGGACAGAUAGAGAGACGGAAUUCCUACGCAGAUUAUAUCGUAAGAACCGACGUAAUGAAACGCCGAGAGAUAACGGAUAAUAGACGUUACCACGUUGGGGAGGGAACGCGGACAAUUGGACCAUGUGAACGCCAGUCGAGAGAACCGAGCCGGAUGGCGUAAAGAAACUUGAGGGGGACGCUCCAAGGGAAAACAAAAGUCGAGAAUUUCGCGAAUGGACGUCCGAUGAUAGAGGGGGGGAAAAAAAAUAGUCCGUAAGCCGAUAGGCACGGAUCGCUAUGUCGAUUACGAUGAUACUUAAAUAGCAGUGGUCUUAUGUUGUUCACCUCUUCUCUCAUGUUCGGCUGUUGUACGCUCGCUAAUCGUUAAGAUUAAGUAACGUUAAGACUUGUACGUAGAUCGCAUGGAAAAAAAAAGAAAAAGAAUCGUACGCAACGUAGACGAUGAUCUUAUAAUAAGGAUACGUACGUACCGUUCGUGUCGUACUGAGUUUUUUAAAAAAA